UAAAUAAGGAGUAUAACCUCAAGUCCGUACCAGAGAAUAGCUGUCCCACCUGAGAGUCGUUGCCUUUUUCGGCGAUUUGCAUUCUCUGACAUUCGGUCUGUGAGUUGGAAGGAGACCCUGAAAUUCAUACGAAACCACAAAUUAAAAGGCUUUCCAUUUUCCUUUAAUAACAAAGGCAGACGAAGAAUUUGCAGAAUAUGGCUCUGAAGAUGAAUUCCCUGAACUUGCAGUCUCACAAGUAUUCCUCAUUUGCACUGCCACCAAUGUUGAGGAGCAACCUUAGAUCUCCGAAGUUUUAUAUGGCUUCAACCCUCUCUUCUGGAACAAAGGAAGUUGAGAACCUGAAGAAGCCUUUUAUUCCACCACGUGAGGUUCAUGUUCAAGUCACACACACUAUGCCACCUCAGAAAAUUGAGAUAUUCAAAUCUUUAGAAGGUUGGGCUGAGCAAAAUAUAUUGACUCACUUGAAGCCCGUUGAAAAAUGUUGGCAACCACAAGAUUUUCUACCAGAUCCAGCAUCAGAUGGUUUUGAUGAUCAGGUCAAGGAACUGAGGGAGAGGGCUAGGGAGGUUCCAGAUGAAUAUUUUAUUGUUUUAGUUGGAGAUAUGAUCACAGAAGAAGCUCUUCCAACUUAUCAAACCAUGCUCAACACCCUUGACGGUGUUAGGGAUGAAACAGGGGCAAGCCUCACCUCUUGGGCUAUUUGGACGAGGGCCUGGACUGCUGAAGAGAAUAGGCAUGGUGACCUCCUGAAUAAGUAUCUUUACCUUUCUGGUAGAGUUGACAUGAAAGCAAUUGAGAAAACAAUCCAGUACUUGAUUGGGUCAGGAAUGGACCCUCGAACCGAAAACAAUCCCUACCUUGGGUUCAUCUACACAUCCUUUCAAGAAAGGGCAACAUUUAUAUCCCAUGGAAACACUGGUAGGCUUGCAAAGGAGCAUGGAGACCUGAAACUUGCUCAAGUCUGUGGCAUAAUUGCAUCUGAUGAGAAGCGCCAUGAGACUGCAUACACCAAGAUAGUGGAAAAACUCUUUGAGGUUGAUCCUGAUGGGACAGUGGUGGCUUUCGCGGACAUGAUGAAGAAGAAAAUCUCAAUGCCUGCACACUUGAUGUAUGAUGGCCAGGAUGAUGAUCUGUUUGAUCACUUCUCAGCAGUGGCUCAAAGGCUUGGUGUCUACACGGCUAGAGACUAUGCGGACAUCUUAGAGUUUCUCGUGGGUAGAUGGAAAGUGGGAAGUCUUGAAGGACUUUCAUCUGAAGGGAGAAAAGCUCAAGACUAUGUGUGUGGGCUGCCUCCUAGAAUCAGAAAACUGGAGGCGAGAGCUCAAGGGAGAGCCAAACAAGCUCCCAUUGUUCCUUUUAGUUGGAUAUAUAAUAGGGACGUGCAGCUCUGAGUGCACCAAGUGUAAAACAUAUGCUAGCUAUCAAGAAUACAGUGGAUAGAGUGGUAAAGAUGAAAAGUUCCUCCAUGUGCUUGCUAUCAAGAAUGCAAUUUACUUGGCGAUGGAUGGAGCUAUAAUGCAUGAUUCGUAGAUACAGUCCAUUUGUAUUUUGUACUUGCCUGUUAUGGUGUCUGUUUUGUUUCUGUUUUUUAUAGUGCUCGAGACUGGAUAGUCAAUUUGCAAUUUUGAUGGUUUUUUGCUAAGUAACUGAUAUUUUCUAAUCAGAUUUGUUUAUAUUUUACUCGUUGACGUUGAUUGAA